GCUAGUGCCCACUGGCGCGUUAUCGAUACUCUCACCGAACUUUUUAUGCCCCUCGCGCCUCGGAGUCACGAUUUGUUGCAUACCGCCGCCACUAUAUAUCACUGCCACGUCCGCGCCUUUCAGUAGUACCAGCACGACUUCACAAGCAACUGUUUCGACCCUCACAUAACUUUCCGCAGCAUUGACACCUGUAUUUUCGCCACACGCUACUCGAUCAUUACUGCGCGCAACCAUGGCGAGCACCGAAUCCACCGUGCCUACCACGAACGAGCCGAUUGUUGGCGAAGAAGGCGAAAGCGAUAUUGAAGAUCUUUUCUACCCGUCUGACGACGAUGAGGUCCCCGAACUCGUGGCUGGCCCGAACACCCAGAAACAAUCAAAACCUUCCGCGAACACCAGCGCCUCUCUAGACGACCAAGUGGCGUUGCUGUCGAAACAUGCAAGCCGAAUACGUCUCGACAACAGAAUGGCCGGCAUGGGUGGAGGACCAUCAAGAGACAAGGACAAGGCUGACCGGGCCACGAGCGAGCAGGUGCUGGACCCGCGGACACGCAUGAUCCUGCUGCAGCUGCUAAACCGCAACAUUGUGUCCGAGAUCAACGGGGUCAUUUCUACUGGAAAGGAGGCGAAUGUGUACCAUGCCGCUACCAUCCCCGAAGACGACGCGCAGCCACUGCACCGAGCGAUCAAGGUGUACAAGACGUCCAUCUUGGUCUUCAAGGACCGCGACAAGUACGUGACGGGCGAGUUCCGCUUCCGUACAGGCUACAACAAGAGCAACAACCGCGCCAUGGUCAAGGUAUGGGCAGAGAAGGAGAUGCGCAAUCUCAGACGGAUAUACAACGCUGGCAUUCCGGCUCCCGAGCCUCUAUACCUGCGCCUGCACGUCCUCGUCAUGAGCUUCCUCGGCGACAAGAAGGGCUGGCCCGCCCCUCGGCUCCGCGACGUCAAGUUCGAGGGCCUCACAGCCGAAGAGGAGGAGCAGAAGUGGACGAGCAUAUACAUCCAACUCCUGGGCUACAUGCGCACCAUGUACCAGACGUGCCGCCUCGUCCACGCCGAUCUGAGCGAGUACAACCUCCUCUACCAUGAGAACACGCUCUACAUGAUCGACGUCUCGCAGUCCGUCGAGCACGACCACCCGCGCUCCCUCGAGUUCCUGCGCAUGGACGUAAAGAACGUGUCCGACUUCUUCCGCACGCGCAACGUCAACGUGCUCUCCGAGCGCAAAGUCUUCAUCUUCGUGACGGGCGAGGAAGGCGGCAAGGAGCCCGCCGACAUGGAGAAGUACGUCCGGGAAAUGUUCGAGAAGAAGGACGCUAUGAAUGAGGAGGACCAGCUGCGCGAGGACAACGACGAGGAGGUCUUCCGCCAGCAGUACAUUCCCCAGACGCUUGACCAGGUCUACGACAUCGAGCGCGACGCCGAGCUCGUCAACAGCGGGCAGGGCAACGAGCUCAUCUACCAGGGACUAUUGGCUGGCAAGGCUACGGACGGGACAACGGUGUCACAGAAUGAAUCUGAUGCGUCGCAUGAAGGGAGUGAUUCAGAGGGCACGUCAGACGAAGAUGACGAAAGCAGGUUUGAGAAGGGAACCCCGAGGGGGAAGCGUAACAUGGACAAAGAUGUCAAGCGCGAGCACAAGAAGGCGGUCAAGGAGGAGAAGCGCGAGAAGCGGAAGGAGAAGAUGCCCAAGCAUGUGAAGAAGAAGAUGGUGUCGCAGUCGUCGCGGAAGAAGUGAGGGGAUCCAUCGCACGCGUUUACAGUCCGCUUCUUCGAUGUUGUUGGUCCAUGGUUGGACUCCGAUCGUACAGAGUAAGUUUGUUCCUGAUAUUUCGCUAGGUGGAAGGUUGGACUCGUGACGAAGAAAAGCCCGGCACUUCUGGACGUCUGUCAGGGCGUGGUUUUCGCAGGAUAGCCCGUCUGACGGGCGCCUGGAGAUAGAUGUCGCCGAAUAGCUUUCCUGUGGCCCUGGCUGUGGGGUUGCUUUGCGGAUCAAAGAGAGCACUGAGAGUCGUUGGUUUCGCUAUUGGCCUUACAAAACAUCGAUGUACAACUUACUAA